AUGGAGCCAAUGCAACGAGCGAACGCACGCGACAUCUUUUCCGACAUCGACUACAAGGACUAUAUCAGUGAACCAUCUCCUUCAGUCGUUCAAACCGUCAAGGACCUCGUCGAUGAGCUACUAUGGAAGUACACCUCCGUCCUGAUGGCCCAGCCUUUCGAGGUUGCAAAGACGAUUUUGCAGGUCCGGAGUCACGAUGACGUGACUUUGGCCGCAGUACCGACGCCCCUGGCCACGCCUGUCUCCGAGAGAAGGCGUUCUGGCUAUGGCAAUACGACAUAUGACGAAGCCGAUUCGGACUCGGAUCUCGACGAGCCUGCCUACUUCACCUCCAACGUCCCGAGCACACCGACCCCGUCCUACUCCAGGGACCAUCGGAGCCGCCAGUCUCCCUCCGCCUCCACUCCUCCACAGACGCCAGCAGCGAAGCAGCAGGCCGUGCCGCCUCAUCAGAUUACAAUCCGUCGAUCCGACUCGCUGAUGGAAGUCAUCGGCCAACUGUGGCAAAAGGAGGGAGCUUGGGGUGUGUGGAAGGGAUCGAAUGCAACGUUCCUAUACUCUGUGCUCUCUUCGCUGUUGGAAAACUGGUCCAGAAGUGCUCUGAGUGCAUUAUUCAACGUGCCAGAUCUCGGUGUCAAGGAGGAUAUUGAUCGGCUAAUUGAUAUUGCCUCGCCCUAUCCGUGGGCCUCCCUGUGCGUUGCCGCUGCUGCGGCCGUUGCAACGGGCCUCAUUCUCGCACCUCUGGACCUGGGGUCGAGGAGAACGCUUUCGACUCUGCGAGCUCUCCCAUCCUACGUCUGCCCCUAUUCGCUCGCCAUCCCCACGAUCUUCCAUUCGCUCAUCCACCCCAUCCUCACACUAUCGACACCACUUGUCCUGCGGACUAGAUUCCUUAUCGACAGCCGCGUUUCUCCCACUACAUUCUCAGUUGCCAAGUUCUGCGCUUCCUCGGUAGCAUUGUUCGUCAAGCUUCCUCUCGAGACAGUCCUCCGGCGCGGCCAAGUUGCCGUCCUCUCCACCCCCGCGCAUGUCCGGGCCUUAUCAGGCAAGGACCAGAAGCUCGAUACUAUCGUUCCGGCUGGGCCUUAUAAAGGUGUUCUCGGAACCAUGCUCUACAUUAUGAAUGAGGAAGGCACCCGGGCGAUCUCCACCGCGCCCGCACCGGUGAAGAAAGUCAGGGGCGGCAAGCCAAAGAUUGCAGAAACGGUCUACCGCAAGGGUCAAGGACUCGACGGCCUAUGGCGCGGCUGGAAGGUCUCCUGGUGGGGCCUGGUCGGACUUUGGACCGCCGGGGUCAUCGGGAACAGUGCCGAGGGUGAAUUCUAG